AUGGCGCAGUCCCGGCCCUGGCUGCUGCGCGCGGCGGUGAUCGCGGGGGUAUUGUGCUUGGCUGCGGUGGUGUGUGUGUGUGUGCUGGGGCUCCCGGGGGCAGGAUGUCCCGGUGGAAGCUUCAGACGCGGGGCAGUGGCGGCGGACUCCCGGAUCUGCUCUGACAUCGGCAGGGAUAUGCUGCAGCGCGGCGGCUCGGCAGUAGAUGGCGCCAUCGCAGCUCUACUCUGUACAUCUGUGGUCAACCCCCAGAGCAUGGGGCUGGGAGGAGGGUCUAUAGUGACCAUCAGAGAGAGGAGCGGCAAAGUCAAAGUGUUCAACUUCCGGGAGACAGUGCCACAUUCGUUUAAAGAGAACCUGUUAGAGGACUGUCCCAGGACGUUUGGCAUGUCUUCAGGCUCUCAGUGGGUGGGAGUACCAGGUGAGCUCAGAGGGUAUGACCUCCUCCACAAACACUAUGGGAGACUCCCCUGGUCCCAGCUGUUCGAGCCCACAGUCCGUCUGGCCCGACUCGGGAUCCCUCUGCCUCAGUACCUGUCCCAGUUCCUUCGCUCUCCCCUGGUCCAGCACAGAGUAGAGACCUCAUCCCUGUGUGAUAUUCUCUGCACCAGAAACAGAACAGUUUUGGGACCAGGAGACGUUCUAAAGUUUCCUAAACUCGCUGAAACCAUGGAAACCAUCGGGAAGUUUGGGGCCGACGUGUUUUACAACGGGAAGAUCGGACAAGACCUCGUGGAGGACGUCCAGGCUGCAGGUGGAUCACUGACCAUGAAGGACCUGGGGGACUUUAUGGUCAGAGUGGGUGACGCUGUGUCAGUUCCUCUGGGAGACUCAGUGCUGCACAUCCCUCCUCCACCUGCAGGGGGCGCUCUGCUUGCCUUCAUUCUGCUGAUGAUGAAAGAGUCUGCGUUGAGUCCUCAGUCUGUGGGAGCGGACCAGAAGACACAGAUGUACCAUCGAUACGUGGAGGCGCUCAAGUUCGCUAACGGCCAGAAGAAGACCAUCUGUGACCCGGCGUUCAACCCUCACAAGAGUGCGGCUCCUCUUACUGACUCUUCCUUCGUGGCUCACGUCUCCUCCUUGGUCUCGAACCAAACCAGAGACUCCUCCUUCUACUCCUCAGUGCCACCUCCUGCGGACUCCUUUGGGACCACACAUGUCUCUGUCCUGGACCAGGAAGGACUGGCUGUGUCUGCCACCAGCACCAUCAACCAGCUGUUUGGAGGCGCCGUGUUCUCCCCAAAAACUGGCAUCAUUCUCAACAACGAACUGGCAGAUUUCUGUGGCAGAGCAGAGUCACUGAAGCCAGGUGAACAACCGCCUUCCUCCAUGACUCCUGUCAUCCUCGAAUCCAAGUCUGGGAGGCUGUUGGUGAUUGGUGGAUCAGGGGGAAGUAUGAUCACCUCUGCAGUGGCUUUGUCCGUCAUGAACCGCUUGUGGCUGAAGAUGAGUCUGAGAGACGCCAUUGCGGCCCCCAUCGUCUUUGUGGAUUCCAAACACAAUGUGAACUUUGAACCUGGCUUCGAUGAGUCCGUGGUCGCCGGCCUGCGAGAGCGAGGACACUCCGUGGGGAACUGGAAAUACUUCUUCAACGUCGUGAACGGCGUGGAGCAGGAGCACGGCUGCAUCGCCGCCUUUUCAGACCAGAGGAAGAGCGGGGAAGCAUCAGGAUUCUGA